AUGUGUUGUUGUGCCGAGUUUAUAAUUAAAUAUGUUUUAUUCUUCGCCAAUUUUGUGUUCUCGCUCGCGGGCCUGGCUCUCAUCGGUGUCGGCAUCGCAGUGCUAGUCCAGAUAUCGGGGAUAGACGCUCUCCCCAGCGGACUCAACGCCAUCCCCAUCUCGGUGAUAGUCCUCGGCUCCAUCAUCUUCUGCAUCGCGUUCUUCGGCUGCUGCGGAGCCAUUAGGGAGUCCCAAUGUCUACUAACCAUGUAUUUCAUCUGCAUGGCGAUCCUGGCGGCUGGCAAGAUAUAUCUGGCUACAGUGAUCUUCAAUGGACUGCGGACUCUCGACAGCAUCGUUACUGGAUGGGUGAACGGUGCGUUUGACCAAUCUGGACGACCAGGCUUCCGAAUCCUUGAAGUCGCCUUCCGUUGCUGCGGUAAUACUGGGCCGGGCGCGUACGCACCAGACGUGCUUGUGCCGUCGAGUUGCUGCCCCGACCCGGCGGCAGAUUCGGAUACCUGCCCCGUCGACGACGCCUUCGAGAGAGGCUGCACUCAGGCGGUGUCCGAAUACUUCGAGACAUUCGGGGAAGCUAUCGGAGGGGUGCUCAUCACCGUCAUCAUCAUUGAGUUGGUAGCGAUGCUGUUCGGCAUGUUCUUGUGUUGGUCUGUUAGAAGCAACCGGCGAUAG